ACUGUUGUUUCUUUGUUGAGAGGGGGGGAUUGGUGAAAAAAAAUAAAAGCUUAGACAAAGCAAGUUUCCAGGAAUAACUUUUCAUCCCAUUAAAGAGAGCACAGCAGUGGCUCCUUCCAGCGGCAUGCAAAUGUGAUGCAAAACUCAAGAGAACAAAUGUGCAGAGAGGGACUAGGACAGUGAAAUUAAAAACCCCAGCAGAAAGUUGCUCAGAGAGAAAAGAAGAAGAAGAAGCCAGGACAGUCCCUUUUGUAUGGUUUGGGGUAGAAAAUAGAGCACCGGCGUAUCUUGUCAAGGAUCUGUACUUGGAAUAACUAUGGCUGAGCGGUGCAGAUCAUGCUCUGUCCUCAUCCCAUUGCUCCUUACAGCAUUGCUAUUCCUUUGUGAUGCACAGAGCUCUCCUGGACAAGGCGGCAACCCUUCUUGCUAUGGAGGUUUUGACCUGUACUUUGUUUUGGACAAAUCUGGCAGCGUUCUCCACCACUGGAGUGAAAUCUAUUACUUUGUUGAACAUCUGGCUCAGAGAUUCAUUGGUCCACAGCUUAGAAUGUCUUUUAUUGUCUUCUCAACAAGAGGAUCUACAUUAAUGAGACUGACAGAGGACAGAGACCAGAUCAGACAGGGUCUAGAGGAGCUGAACAAAGUCCUUCCCGGAGGAGACACUUACAUGCAUGAGGGCAUCGAGAGGGCAAGUGAACAGAUUUAUCAUGAAAGCAUCAAAGGUUACAGGACAGCAAGUGUUAUCAUUGCACUGACUGAUGGCGAGCUGCAUGAAGAUCUUUUCUAUUACGCUGAACGAGAGGCCAACAGGUCCCGUGAAUUGGGAGCCCAGGUUUACUGCGUGGGUGUUAAAGAUUUCAAUGAGACGCAGCUGGCACGAAUUGCUGAUAGCAAAGCUCAUGUCUUCCCAGUGAAUGGAGGCUUUGAAGCCCUUCAAGAUAUCAUUGGCUCAAUCCUGAAGAUGUCCUGUAUUGAAAUUCUAGCUGCAGAGCCUUCCAGCAUAUGUGCAGGAGAAUCUUUUCAAGUUGUAGUGAGGGGGAAUGGCUUCCGAUAUGCCAGGAAUGUGGAUCGAGUGCUGUGCAGCUUCAAGAUCAAUGAGACUUCACCUCUCAACAAGAAGCCUUUGGUGGUGGAGGACACGUAUCUGCUUUGCCAGGCCCCAGUGCUGGAUGAAGCUGGCAUGGAAGCGGCCCUGCAAGUCAGUAUGAACGAUGGUCUCAACUUUAUCUCCAGCUCUGUCAUUAUAACCAGCACUCACUGUGCUGAUGGGACCAUCCUGGCAAUAGCCCUGCUCGUCCUCUUCCUCCUUCUUCUUUUGGCCUUGAUGUGGUGGUUCUGGCCCCUGUGCUGCACUGUAGUUAUAAAGGCCCCUCCACCGCCCCCAGAGGAAGACAGCGAGGAAGAAGACGAUGAUGGUCUUCCCAAGAAAAAAUGGCCCACUGUAGAUGCAUCCUACUAUGGGGGAAGAGGAGUUGGAGGUAUCAAGAGAAUGGAGGUUCGAUGGGGGGAGAGAGGUUCAACAGAAGAGGGGGCUAAGCUUGAGAAAGCAAAAAAUGCCAAGGUUAAGAUGCCAGAGCAAGAAUUUGAGUUUCCAUCACCGAAGAUUCUCAACAACAAUCUACCGAAAUCAAGCUCUGCUCGAAAGUGGUACUCUCCAAUUAAGGGAAAACUGGAUGCAUUGUGGGUCCUGUUACGGAAAGGAUACAGCCGUGUAUCUAUAAUGCGCCCUCAGCCUGGAGACAAGGGUCGAUGCAUAAAUUUCACCAGUGAAAGCAAGCCCAUGCCUCCAAGAUACCCGCUAAACAAUGCGCCACUUAUAUCGGCUCCCUGCAGCCCUAUCUACUCUCCUUCCCAGACCCCCAUCUAUACUCCACCACCAGUUAACCUUCCCCCUCAGCCUUUACACUCUCCACCAUCUACCCCUUCACCAACAAGCUCCCUUCCCCCUCCUCCACUAGGACCACCUCCUAAUAGAGCACCGCCCCCUAGUAGACCCCCACCUCGUCCUUCUCUUUAGGAUGUUCAUUUCAGCCUUUCAUCCCCAGUAGUGCUGUGGAUGAUAGAAAUUAAUUUUUUGUCAUCUGACUGCACAUGUAGUUCUGCAGUUUUAUGGAAGAGCUAUUGACCAAAACCACUUUUCUAACUAUAUCUCCUCCAUUGAGACUGUAAAAGACUAAGCUGUGGAUUUUA